CAAAUUAAAGAGAAAAAAACCGGAAGCCCCACCUCCAGUUCGUCUGCAGCCAACUACUGAUGAAAGCUUGUUUGUUUUGCUUAAUUAAGGGGAAAGUAUAGCAAUGGGAGACGGUUUAGCAAGAAUAUUUACGAAGCAAGCAUUUGAUCCUGAAGCUUUCAUUGACAAGCAAGCAGCUGAUGGUGAGGAUGCACUUCUUGGAUUGCGUCAAAAGAUCCAUGCUCUUAAUGAGGACACAGCACAAGCUCUCAAAAAAAAUGUGUACAAGAAUUAUUCUCAGUUCAUUGAGACUGCAAGAGAGAUCUCCAUUUUGGAGGGAGAAAUGUACCAGCUUAGCCACUUGCUUAUGGAGCAAAAAGGACUGAUGUCAUCAAUGAUGGAGAUGCCCCUUGUCAGUGACAAAGUUACAGCAGUGCUAGAGGGGCCAAAAGAAGAGAAAAAAGAGGAAAGUCCAGAAGAGGAAACUAGAAGAAAUCUGGCAUUUCUGCUUGAGAAAGUAGAAGGCUGUUCUAGCGUGACAGAAGUGCCAGGAAGACAGUUAGUCCAUGAUGCUGAUUUGGUGGAGAUGGAUCCAGAAACAUUUGUGCAGAUGCAACGAGUGCAUGCUUUUCUUCUCAGCGACAGCCUCAUGAUGGCUACUUGGGUCCCAACAAGACGUGGUCCUAUGAAAUACCGAUUCCAAGGCCUUUAUGAGCUAGACAGUCUGGCUGUUGUCAAUGUUCGUGAUGCUGGACCAGUUAAAAAUGCCUUCAAGAUUCUAAUGUUUCCAGAAACUAGAAUGUACCAGGCUGACAGCGCUAAAACAAAACGUCAGUUGUUGGACAUUUUAGAGGAUACCAAAAAGAAAAAGGCCAUGAAGGACAAGCAGAAGAAGGAGACUUCCUCUCGACUCUCUGAUCAGUUCAGUUCAUCACCUGUUGGUUCUCCACAAGGAGAUGCCUUUCAACAGCUAGAUGAGAAGGCUCAAGACAGCAAGGAAGAGCAGCCUGUUACAAUGGAUACAGACUUCCUUCAAGCUGACUGGCUUCAAGAGCUCCCUGAAGACCUGGACAUGCUAAUUGCACAGAGGAACUUUGAAGGAGCAGUGGAUCUUGUAGAGAAAGUAAAAGAAUUUCUUACAGAAUGCCCACAAGGUCCAGCAUUGAAGGAAUUCAAGGCAAGAAUUGAGCAUCGCGUAAAACAGCUAACUGUAGGGCUGAUGACAGAACUGCAGGUGUCACCAGAACGGUCAUUGCGUGGGGGCCCCAGAGCUGCUAGGCGAGCAGUUACUCAGCUUAUUCGCCUUGGGAAAUCAGCUCAGGCUUGUGAACUGUUUUUAAAAAACAGAAGUGCCAUUAUUAGGUACAACAUUCGGCAGCUGAAAUUUGAAGGAGCCACAACACUGUACAUACGCUGUCUUUGUACAGUCUUUUUCAGCAGUCUUUCAGACACAGCAAAGGAAUUUCUUAAGGCAUUUCCAGACCACUAUGGAUGUUUUUCAGCAUUUGUGAUCUGGUCCAAGCAGGAACUGAACAGUUUUGUCAGUAUCUUUCAAAGACAGGUGUUUGAGAGCAAAGCCAGUUUGACAACUAUAGCAGAUUGUGUGCAGUUGGCCAAGAAGAACUGUGCUGAGCUCAGCAGCAUAGGAGUGGACUUAGAAUUUUGUUUGGAAGGAAUGAUGGAUUUACCGGUGCAACAAGUUGUUGAAGAGACCAGAGAUCAAAUGGUAGAGGGUAUUCGUUAUCGUUCUCAGGAUGAACAGUGGCGACCUACCAACCUGCAGAACAAGAAAGAGUGUGAGAAAUUUGUAGAAGAUAUGAAGGGAUCAGGUUUCGACAUCAAAUCAUAUAUUUUUGAUGACUGCUUUGCACAUAUCACCCAGACAACAGUGCAGUUUGCAAAGUCUUUGGCAACAUUAGCAAAUGAUCUUUUGCGCCUGUAUACUGUUGAACUGGAAGGGUUGAUUGCCGCAGCCCUGACCACUAUUCUUACGGCUCAGCUGACACAGUUUCAGACAGCUCUCAAGGCUGAUAAGUUCAAAGAGGAGCGAAACACUAUUUUGAAGAAUGUGCAGUUUGUUGGAGAUAAGGUGAUUGGUCAUAUCAUUACACUUUACCUGGGGAAAGAACUCAGUGCACCCAAGCAAGUGCUAGAUCUUCAAAGCACUUACAAACAAAUCAAGUAAGGAGAUGACAAUCUAUUUUAGUACCUGUGAACUGAAUAGGCGUCUGGAAAAAUUCUUUGACGGAACUAUCAAUUCUCCAUGUUUUGCUGCCAUGAAGAAUGUGAACAGUUGCUUUAAAAAGCUACUGAUGUUUUGGUCUUGCAGAACUAAAGUUUACGUGAAUGUUUACGAAGUUAUGUCCAUCAACAGUUAUGCAUAUAUCUGUCAGCAAGUGCAUAUGUGUGUGAGAGAGUGUGUGCUGUCAGUGUGCAUGAGAGAGCAACUCACACUAUAUUAUUAUUUGUUAGUCUUUGCAUACAGCUGUGAAAUGUAAUAAGUGAUAAAAUUGUUAGUACAGAUAAAACACCAGAAUUUCUAUGGUAAAAUUUAAUUACAAAGACACAAUAUGCAAGAAAUGAUUAGUCAUAACAUACAAUCAUGAAUGAUUGGAUCUGUGUGUGUGUGCACGCAUCUAUGGGUCACUGUGCAUAUCUGCACAUUUAUAUGUGCAUGUGGGGGAAAAUAUUAAAGUAGUUUGUAAUAAAUGUUCUAAGCCCUGAUCUCUUUUGAGAAAUAGGUAAUAUACUCUAUCUGCAUAAAAAGUCAAGUGCA